GAAAAUCUAAAAUCUUCCCCCCGCUUUUGCCCAAAAAGGUUUUAUUUAUUUAUUUUCCGAAGUCACGCUAAAGAGCUCUGUGGAAAGAAAUAAAAAUAAAUAUACCCAGAAUUUUUCAUCUCUCUGUCUCUAUUUUUUUUUUUUGUUCCUCAAGAGAAGAGAAGAUGUCAUCAUCAUAUGCGAUGGUUUCUCAAGAUGCGGAAUCGCUCGCUCUGCAAACUUAUAGCCGCAAGGAGAAAUCCCUUGGGCUUCUCGUCUCCAAUUUUCUGAGACUGUAUAACCGAGACGAUGCAGAUCUGAUUGGUCUCGAUCACGCCGCUGGCAAAUUAGGAGUUGAACGCCGCCGUAUAUAUGAUGUCGUCAAUAUUUUGGAGAGCAUUGGGAUUGUUGCAAGAAAAGGGAAGAAUAUGUAUUCCUGGAAAGGUUUUGGAGAGGUUCCUCGCUCUCUAGAUAAACUCAAGGAAGAGGGAAUGAGAGAGAAGCUUUGUAUCUCAAGUUCCAACAACUCUGACAAGGUUUUAGAUGAUGUUGAAAGAGAAGAAUCUUCUUUCAGCUUAACACCUGAUGAUCAAGAAACCUCAUCAUCCUCUAAAAUCGUGUCAUUUGCAGACCAAAAGAAGGAGAAAUCUCUAUGGCUUCUCUCGCAGAACUUUGUGAAGAUGUUUCUUUGUUCUGAUGAUGAUCUUAUCACACUUGAUAGUGCUGCAAAAGCCUUGCUGAGCGACUCUCAAGAUCCAGUCCAUAUGAGAACUAAAGUUAGACGACUUUAUGACAUUGCAAAUGUGUUUUCCUCGAUGAAUUUAAUUGAGAAGACUCAAAUACCAGAGACUAAGAAACCAGCAUAUAGGUGGUUGGGCUCAGAAAGCAUAGCUGAGACAGGAACAAGCUUAUUCAAUUCCGAUGAACCGAAGAAACGGGUAUUUGGUACAGAGAUCACAAACUUGAGAGCAAAAAGAAACAAAACAGACUGUUCAUCAAACGGCAAGCAAAUUGGAUAUAAGAAACAUGACGAUGAAAACACAGAGCAGGAAUCGAAACCAGCUGCAAGUAAGUAUGUGUUUGGCCCAUCCUUCCCAACAGGAGCUGCAUCUAAGAAGAACGAAAAUGUAAGAAAGGGAAGGUUACAAGAGAUCGAGAGCCUUGCUUCAACCUACAAACCACAGUAUUGUAAUAAAGAAAUAACUAGUCUUCUUGGACAUUUCACGGAGACAUGGAAGAGAUGGUAUGCAGAGCUUGAUCGGAAGUAAAUAACAUUACUGAGGUAGAUGUUUCGUCUGGGGGUACAUGAGAGAGAGAGAGAGAGCACAUAACUCUAUUGAACAUAGCUUUAGUCUUUUUUGCCUUUAGAUCAAUGGAAGAAAACAAACAGUAUUAGUAAGGAACAAAGUAUUGUUACUGUUAAUAAAGAAAGUCACAUCCCCUGUAUGUAUU